AUGGAACAACCUCUAGGUUAUGUUAGUUCUCAAUUUCCUAAUCAUGUAUGUCACUUGCAACGAGCUCUCUAUGGUCUUAAACAGGCUCCAAGGGCAUGGUUCCAAAGGUUCUGCUCCUUUUUAUUUCACCUUGGUUUUAUUGCUAGUCAGGCCGACUCAUCUCUAUUUGUUUAUCAUGGCUCUCAUGGUGUCAUCUAUUUGCUGUUAUAUGUCGACGAUAUGGUGAUUACUGGUAGUAAUGCUAAAAUGAUUCAUACCCUUAUUGAUCGACUUGCCACAGAAUUUUCUAUGAAGGAUUUAGGUGAUCUCCAUUAUUUUCUGGGCAUAGAGGUAAUUCGAAAUGACAAAGGGAUUUUUCUUAGCCAAUCUAAGUAUGCCUUGGACCUUCUGAAUCGUGUUGCUAUGAAAGAUUGCAAGCCUAUUUCCACCCCCUUUUUGUUUGGUUCGCAUCUCACUGAAUCUGGUGAGCCUCAUGCUAAUUCUCCACAGUUUCGGUCUCUUGCUGGAGCUUUACAAUAUUUGACGCUUACCCACCCAGAUUUAUCUUACAGCAUUAACUCCAUUUGUCAAUAUAUGCAUGCUCCUACUACAUAUCAUUUUCGUGCCUUGAAACGUAUUCUUAGAUGUGUUAAAGGCAUCUAUCACUUUGGCCUUCAAUUGUCAAGACACUCCUCCUCUACGUUACUUGGUUAUUCUGAUGCAGAUUGGGUAGGAUGUCCAAACACUAGGCGUUCUAUUGCUGGAGCUUUACAAUAUUUGACGCUUACCCACCCAGAUUUAUCUUACAGCAUUAACUCCAUUUGUCAAUAUAUGCAUGCUCCUACUACAUAUCAUUUUCGUGCCUUGAAACGUAUUCUUAGAUGUGUUAAAGGCAUCUAUCACUUUGGCCUUCAAUUGUCAAGACACUCCUCCUCUACGUUACUUGGUUAUUCUGAUGCAGAUUGGGUAGGAUGUCCAAACACUAGGCGUUCUACUACAGGUUUUGCGGUCUAUUAUGGCUCGAAUCUCAUCUCUUGGUGUUCCAAGAAAUGGACCUCUGUUUCUCGUUCCAGUACUGAGGCAGAAUAUCGAGCACUUGUUGUUCUAGCUGUUGAUCUUUCAUGGACACUUCAGCUUUUUCGUGAGCUACAUAUCAAGCUAUCCUCGCCUCCAACUAUGUUAUGUGAUAAUAAAAGUGCAAUGUUUAUUGCUUCCAACCCGGCCACCAAGUCCCGCUCCAAGAAUAUUGCCAUUGAUUAUCACUUCAUUAGGGAACUUGUGGCACGUCGGGUUUUCCACCUGAGUUUUGUACCCUCUUCGCUUCAACUUGUAGAUAUUUUUACAAAAGGGGUUACAAAACUUCAAUUUUUCUUAGUUUGA